GUUAGCUAGCUGUGCUAGUCUAAGAAGUGGGGGUAGAAUCUAAAGCAUGAAAUAUGACGAGCUUAUUACUUUUUGUGAGCGAUAACUGUUAACAAGAUUUCUUCACUUCGAUUUCCACCCAAAUAGCAUUCAACGCCGAGUUUUUCUUGUCGGCAACAGAGCUACUAAGCUAAGUUGUAGGUAGGAGAGUUAGUGAAAGAGGGGCGGGGUUCAUCCAAAAGGAGAUCAGAAAAGAUGUCAGUGGAAUGCCCUCUGUCACCGCCACCUCCUCCACCUCCUCCACCUCCACCUGCUCCAGGUCUACCACCUCCUCCACCCAAGAAGAAGCUGUAUCAGACUAUAGCCAGUAGCAGCAGUCCUGUAGAGGGGAACCACACAGAGGCUCGCAUACUGCUCAGUCAGAGGGAGAGCAGUUUUAGGAAAGACCUGCAGUGGAUACUGGUGAACACAUAUGUGCCGUCACUCAUCCAAGAUGGUCCACAGUGUGGCCUGGUGGCUUUAUGGAUGUCUGCUCAACUUCGACAGCCACAGCUAAGUAUUGACAUGGAAACUGUUGUUCAGACAGCACUGAGCAGGGGAUACACGGCACAGGGUGAAAUGUUUUCAGCGGACAACAUGGCCCUGCUGGCAGAAGAGCUUUGUGGCUGUGAGGCAGAACUGCUGUCAGGGGGUUUAAAUGGUAACAAUGCUGCAACCAUCGUCACACACCUGUGGGGGAGACAGCCUGUUCUCAUCCCAUAUGAUGAGGACUACAACCAUGAGCCUUGCCAGCGUAGUGGCCACAGGGCGCACUGGGCAGUCGCCUCAGGCGUUCUCCUUGGCUUGGACCAGGGGAGCGUGAGCAAACAGCACACUCAACCCGAUCCCACUCUGCCCUGGCUCUGCCUCGCCGUUGACGGUAGCUCUCCUUGCCCUGUCGGUGGCACAGCAAUUAAAGAGGUUUACAUCUUGGCUAAGCAGGGUAAAAGCCUGCGCUACCAGCUGUGGAGUCUGGACAGCGUAGCUCAGAGCAACGCGCAGCUGAGGGCGAUGGACCCUCAGAGGGCUAAUGACGGGACCCAGUAUGUGGUUCCUCAAGGAGGGGUGGGAGCCGGACUGGCUGGACAGGCGGUGCUGCUCCACACGCGGACACAGAAGCAAAAUGAAUGUGACGCUGUCUGGAAAACAAUGGCCACAGAGUGCAGCUGUUGAGAGGCAUCACAGUGAACUCUCGUGGGAAAUGCGAUUGACACCAAAGUUUUACCAAUUUAAACCAGUUUGUUUUGUACAACUGUGGAUUGUAGAACAAUCUAAUAUCUGCAUGACCCUUUUAAUGAAUUCAAAUAGGCUUCAAAAUGUUUGGGAAUCCUCACAUAACAGUAAUGAGACUAUUAGCGAAUUGUGGAUCCUGUUCUGGGUACGUGAUGUGAUUUGGAUUCACUGUGUCGUUGCACCAGUAUGGUGAACAAAAAAGUGAAUUUCCAUCUGGUUGUUAUCUUUAAACACUUCCCAACUGAAUUUACAGAACAUACACUGAUAUUGCAAUACAAAAUUAUCCCUAGGACCCAUCAUUACUUAUAUUUCAUGUGAAAAACUGAGUGCAGUUUCUGAUGGAGACUUGUAUUUACAAUGUGAUGAAUCUUCAUCCCCUCUUGGUGCUAUACCACUGCCUGAAUGGAAAAUAUUUAUACAAUAAAUUGUUUAAAUUCUG